AAUGUCUAAAAGGUCCAUGAAGUGUACAUCACAUGGUGGCCAAGGCAAGGCGUGAAAGUAAUUUCACACUAGCUUCUAGUUUGUCUCAAAGUUUGCCUUUGCGUAGUUAUACUCGCGUUUGCAAAUGAACAAGAGAAGAUGAUGAAAAUGGAAAACAAAGCGUUGUUUGUUUCUUCUAGGAUCAGCAGCGAGCUCAUGACAUCAUCUUCCGGCAGCUCAUAGGAGGUUUCUGGCGGAAGUUUUCUUGUACUGAAUCGGAGAAACACACAAGGUUUUGAAUACUGGUUCUCUCUCUUGUUUACUGCUCAUCAUCUCAAGUAUUUGCAUGUCAUGCUGCCUAGGAGCAUAUCUCAUAAACCAACCAUGGAGUUAUGGUGCUGUUUCCAUCUUUCCUAGAUGGGUUGGGAAGAACCAUCUCGAUCAAGAAGACCAAGAAUUGCCAUGGUGAUGUGGCAAAGGAGACUGCAGAAGCAUUGACAAAGGAAGCAAAAAAGAAUGAGCUGGUUUUGAGUUCUUCUGGGAUUGUUGACUCUGACAAGUCUAACAAUUUUUCUUCUGUUUGCUCCAAGAGAGGCCAAAAGGGUAUCAAUCAGGAUUGUUUAGUCAUUUGGGAGGAAUUUGGGUGCCAAGAAGACAUGAUCUUUUGUGGAGUGUUUGAUGGGCAUGGACAGUGGGGACAUCUUGUUAGCAAAAGGGUCAGGCAAUCUAUGCCUUCUUCUUUGUUGUGCAAUUGGCAAGAAACUCUCAGUUUAACAUCACUUGACCUGAAUUUUAAAAUGGAGAUGGAUCGAAAUCUCCAUCGAUAUGAUACAUGGAAGCAGUCCCUUCUUAAAACAUACGCUGCCAUUGACCAGGAGCUUAAGCAUUCUGCUAAAAUCGAUUCCUAUCGAAGUGGUACUACAGCGUUGACAAUUAUUAAGCAGGGUGAACUUCUCAUCAUAGCACAUGUUGGCGAUUCUAGGGCUGUUUUGGCCUCCACUUCAGAAGAUGGGAGCUUGGUACCUAUCCAGCUUACAGUCGACUUCAAGCCUAACUUACCUCAGGAGGCUGAGAGAAUCAGAAGGUCCAAUGGACGAGUGUUUUGUCUACACGAUGAACCGGGGACUUAUAGGGUGUGGAUGCCAAAUGGCAAGACACCAGGACUGGCAGUAUCAAGAGCUUUUGGUGACUAUUGUGUUAAGGACUUUGGGCUUAUUUCUGUGCCUGAUGUGAGCCAAAGAUACAUAACCAGCAAGGACCAGUUUGUCAUUCUAGCAACAGAUGGGGUAUGGGAUGUUAUUUCCAACAAAGAAGCUAUACAGAUAGUUUCUUCGGCACCAGAUAGGAACAAAGCAGCAAAAAGACUGGUGGCAUGUGCUGCUCUUGCAUGGAAGUCUAAGAGAAGAGGCAUUGCAAUGGAUGACAUCUCCGCUAUUUGCCUGUUCUUUCACCCCAACUCAUCAUCGCAACAAACCAACCCUUUGGUCUCUGAAUAUACUGGUGUGAAGACAUCCGGGUGUAUGUAGAUUAAGUUGCUAACUCAUGUGUGGCAAUACAUGUACAAGUAUAUAAACGAUCCUUGGUUUUCCCAUCUUUGGUAGCAAGUGUUUUUGCUCUCUUUUUGGUUACUGUAUCCAAUCUACGAAGAUGGUACUCGAACAUUGAUUUCAUAGAUUAAGAGACUGCAUGGUGUUUGAAAGAAGGACAAAGUCGGUUAUA